UUUUCUGUUUCAGACCUGACAAUCAAGUGAAAGGACAUGAGGAAAUACGGCUGGAACAGUUUAACGGAGUUGAUUUUCAGAAAUCCUGUGGUCGAACAGCAGGACCCACAUGCGGAUGCUGGGGAUGAGAACACAGAGCGCGGGAAUUGGGCCAGCAAGAAGGACUACAUCCUCUCUAUGAUCGGUUAUGCUGUUGGACUGGGAAACAUCUGGAGAUUUCCAUACUUGGCCUACAAGAAUGGAGGGGGUGCCUUUCUUAUCCCCUAUUUUGCCCUUUUGCUGGUGACUGGAAUUCCUCUUUUCUUCCUGGAAAGCGCCUUCGGUCAGUUUUGCAGCCAAGGUCCAGUUAACGUAUGGAGAGCCGUGCCAAUACUGCAGGGUGUUGGUGUUGCCACAGUCAUGGUGACUCUAAUAGUAUCAAUUUACUAUAAUGUCAUCAUCGCCUACAGUCUGUACUACAUGUUUGCCUCCAUGCAGUCUCCGCUGCCGUGGUCCGGCUGCUUCAGCUGGGCUGACAGUAACUGCAGCGAGACGCCUAAAGGGAAUUGUAAUGUAAGUGGUUUAGUGACGGCAAACUGGACUCAGGACAACAACACUUGCCCUUCAUUCAACACCACCAUGGUCUCGGUGCAGAGCCCGAGUGAGCAGUACUGGAAUCGUGUGGUUCUGCAGAGAUCCAGUGGUCUUGAUGAAACAGGACCAGUAGUUUGGCACCUGGCUCUGUGUCUGCUGCUGAGCUCCAUGAUUGUUGCUGCAGCGCUCAUCAGAGGGAUCAAGUCAUCAGGCAAAGUCGUGUAUUUCACAGCCACCUUCCCCUAUGCGGUCAUUUUGAUACUGCUGAUCAGAGGGGUGACGCUGGAGGGAGCUAAAGAUGGGAUCGAGUUCUACAUUGGUUCCCAAUCCAAUCUGACAAAGCUGACCGAAGCACAAGUGUGGAAAGAUGCUGCGACUCAGACCUUCUAUUCUCUGUCUAUUGGUUGGGGUGGACUCAUGACUCUCGCUUCCUAUAACAACUUUCAUAACAACGUGUUCAAGGACACAAUCAUUGUAACAUUUACUAAUGCUGGGACCAGUGUGCUUGCAGGCUUUGCCAUAUUUUCAAUAUUGGGUCAUAUGGCUCACAUCUACAAAAUACCAGUUGGAGAGGUGGUGAAGGAAGGAUUUGGCCUGGCCUUCAUUGCUUACCCGGAUGCCCUUUCUAAGCUUCCCAUUUCCCCACUGUGGUCCAUAUUGUUCUUCUUCAUGCUUUUGACUGUUGGGCUGGACUCUCAGUUUGCAGGAAUAGAGGUAUUAACCACCUGCCUGCAUGAUGCUUUCCCUCAAAUCUUCAAAUCCAAACGAGCCUUACUGACACUAACAACGUGUUCUGUCAUCUACCUCCUUGGCCUGCCAUGCAUCACAAGUGCAGGAAUAUACUGGGUGACUCUCAUGGACCAGUUUGUUGCCUCCUGGGUGCUGCUAUUUUUGGUUCUCAUGGAGAUAAUUGGCAUCUCCUAUAUAUAUGGAGUGAACCGUUUUAUUAAAGACAUUGAGAUGAUGCUUGGAAAGAAGUCUUCAGGUUUCUGGUUGUGGUGGAGGGCGUGCUGGUUCUUUAUCAGCCCCAGCAUCAUACUGGUGAUCUUGGGAUGGUCUAUUGCAACAUUUGUUCCCCCAGUCUAUGGAAACGUGCAGUACCCAGCGUGGGGCUUGGCUCUGGGCUGGUGCAUGGUUGCAUUCAUCCUUAUCUGGAUUCCUGUUGUUGCUGUGUACAGGAUGAUAAAAAUGAAAGGAAACCCCUGGAAGCGUCUGAAGUCAAUGUGCUCUCCAUCUGAAGAAUGGCAUCCCUACCUGAACGAACAUCGAGGUGACCGCUACUCAAAAGAACGAUGCUCCCGUGGAAAGAACCAUAAAUAUCAUCUCGAUGUUGAUGUCAACGUAAUCUCCAGUUCAUGGCUGUGAUGUGUUUGUUAGCAUGUUCACUUGUUGAUGUUUUCCCACUUUGAAAUGGGCUUUCGUAGUUUUUUUGGCAUUUCCAGCCAGGUAGUGUACAUUGUGGAU